UCUGUGACACAACCAGCUAGUUCGUAUUUUGUGACUGUAAAAUUUUGCAUUUCUACAUUAGCAAUUCAGUAUAUGUUUUAAGUUAAUUUAAAAUAUCUACGUUAAACUGAAAGAAAAAUUGUUUAAAAGAGAUGUCUUUUUUUCAAAGCUUCUUUAAACGUUAUAUUCCAACUGUAAAGGCUGACGACGACGAAGGAGAAUUAGUCGAUCAUCAAAAACGACUUCGAGAAAAAUGUUCACAACAAGCUAAAUGUGUCAAAAUGCAAGAGAGAUUAACUACAUGUAAUGACCGUGUUAAUUCAGCUUCUGAGACAGAAGAAAAUUGUCUUGAAGAAUUAAUUGAUUACGUAGAAUGCGUAGAUCAUUGUGUUUCAGAAAAAUUGUUCAGUUUACUUAAAUAAGGUCAUGAAUCAUUCAUAAUGUAUCAUAUUUGUUAAAAAAAUCCUGUAAAUCAUUAUGUUGUAGACAUACAAUACUAGGAAUAAAUGGUAAUUUAUUAGUAA